GCCUCCACAAUGUUGACGUGGGAGAUCCCAUCCCAGCGCCUGUGUGGGGUGCAGUUCAGCACAUACAGUGCAGAGGAGAUCUGCAGGCUGAGUGUGAAGGAGGUCACCAACCCACAAACAUUCGACAACCUCCUACAUCCUACCACUGGGGGGCUGUAUGAUCCAGCACUCGGUCCAACAGACAGAGAUGAUCUGUGUGGCACCUGUGCCCAGAACUACUUACACUGUCCUGGUCACAUGGGCCAUGUCAACCUGCCCCUCCCAGUCUUCAACCCACUCUUCCUCAGACUGCUGUAUCAGAUGCUGAGAGGUUCCUGCUUCUACUGCCACAGACUGAUGUGUCCCAAGAUUCAGGCUCAACUCAUUACUAGUCAACUCAAGGCCUUAGACCAUGGCAUGGUUCAGAUGGUGGAGAAGCUCCAUGAGGUCCUGAGUGGCAUCCUGGAGGAGGAAGGGGAUGCUGAUGAUGACUACAUCUCCCAGCAGCUGGAGGAGGAGCUACAGAAAGCUAUCAGUGGGGUGGAUACAAAAGUAACCCAGACCCAGCAAAACAUAAAAACAGCUGUUGGGAAGAGAAAAGAUCUCGUGAAGGAAUUCACAAAGGACUACUUCAAGAAAAGGGGAUCCAAGUGUGUCCAUUGUAAAAGCCCAGUCAGAAACCUCAAGAUGCAACACAACAGUAGAAUCCUGUUCAAGGGGAUACCAAAGAGGCAUCAUAAGAGGAAGAAUGAUGAUGGUGAAGAAGAGGAAGAUGAAAUAGGAGAAGGGGAAGAUUGGUUGGCUGAUAAACUUGACGUGAAGAACGUCAUCACAGACCCCACUGUUGAAUCAGGUUACCUCACUCCCUAUGAAGCCAGGGCACAUCUUAGAGCUUUGUGGAAAAAAGAAGGUGAGCUUCUGUCCAACCUGUUUGGAGCCCUGAGGUUGGUGCCCCAGGGAACUUGCCCCAUUGACAUCUUCUUCUUGGAAGUUUUACCUGUACCGCCAUCCAGGUUUAGACCAGUUUCAGUUCUUGGUGACAAAAGAUUUGAGAAUGCACAGACAUCAAACUUGGCCAAAGUGCUAGCAGAGUGUGUUGUAGUCAGAAAACUGCUACAGGAGAUGGGGAAAGAGGAAGCAGAGAGUACAAAAACAGGGAAGACCAUUCUAGAUGAAAUAUCAGGGACGACAGUAACAGAGAAGGUGAACAACACGUGGUUGAGACUGCAGGCAUCUGUCAACAGGGUGGUGGACAGUGAUCUGGACAAGCUGUCCAAUGACAAGAGUCCUGGGAUAAAACAGCUGAUAGAGAAGAAAGAUGGUUUGUUCCGCAAACACAUGAUGGGAAAGAGAGUGGACUACGCUGCCCGGUCCGUCAUCUCCCCUGAUCCGUACAUCAACAUGGAUGAGAUCGGCAUUCCUCUGGUUUUUGCUACCAAGCUGACCUACCCCCAGCCUGUGACAACGUGGAACGUCCGAGAACUCAGACAGGCAGUUAUCAACGGACCCAACGUUCAUCCUGGAGCGGCUUUUGUUGUAAAUGAGAAUGGCCAUAAGACCGUCCUGAGUGUGAGUGACCCCACCCAACGAGAGGCCAUCGCCAAACAGCUCCUCACCCCCAGCAGCUACCCCGGAGCUGCCAUGGGGACCAAGAUAGUUCAUCGUCACAUCAAGAAUGGUGAUGUCCUCCUUCUCAACAGACAGCCAACACUACAUAAACCCAGUAUCAUGGCACAUAAGGCUCGAAUUUUGCCUGGAGAAAAGACGCUUAGACUCCACUAUGCCAACUGUAAGACGUACAAUGCUGACUUUGAUGGAGACGAGAUGAAUGCACACUUCCCCCAGAAUGAGCUCGGGAGGGCGGAGGCCUAUGCCAUAGCUAGCACAGACCAGCAGUACUUGGGCCCCAAGGAUGGUAAACCCCUCAGCGGCCUCAUCCAGGACCACAUGGUGUCGGGGGUGACCAUGACUCUACGAGGGCGUUUCUUCGCGCGGGAAGAGUACCACCAGCUCGUGUUCAGCGCCCUGACAGACAAACAGGGCCACGUGAGGCUGCUGCCGCCGAGUAUCGUCAAACCGCGUAUUUUGUGGAGCGGGAAACAGGUGGUAUCCACGGUGCUGUUGAACAUCAUUCCUGAGGGGAAAGCACCACUAAACAUGGACAGUAAAGCCAAGAUAUCUGGCAAGCUGUGGACGACAGCUCCGUCCAGAGCUAGCAGAUCAGGUGUGCGCCCGUUACGUGAUGGUGAGAUGUGUGAGUCCCAGGUCAUUAUCAGACAGGGUCAGCUGCUCUGUGGGAUACUGGACAAGGGGCACUAUGGGCCCACACCGUAUGGACUGGUCCACUGCUGCAGCGAGCUUUAUGGUGGGAAGGUGUCCAGUAGACUGUUGACCUGUCUGGGUCGCCUGUUCACCACCUUCUUACAAAACCACCUGGGCUUCACACUGGGUGUCGAGGACAUCUUACUGACACAGAAGGCCGAUGUGAAGCGACGAGAGAUCAUGACAGCAGCUGCCCACUGCGGGGACGAUGCAGCUGCACGGGCUCUAGGCAUGGACAUCAGCGUAAAAAUUGAAACAGACACACUGAAAGAAGCCCUGCAGACUGCCCACUUCAGCCCAGAUGACCAGGACAUGAAGGAGUGGGACAUGGCCAUGAAGUCCAAGACUGACCAGUUCAGCAAUGACAUCAACAAGGCCUGUACACCUAACGGUCUCCUGAAGAUGUUCCCUCACAACAAUCUCCAGCUCAUGGUGCAGUCUGGCGCUAAAGGCUCAUCUGUCAACUGUAUGCAGAUCUCUUCCCUGUUGGGCCAAAUAGAGCUGGAGGGCCGUCGCCCCCCUCUCAUGCCCAGUGGUAGCUCCCUGCCAUCAUUCCUGCCCUAUGACACCUCCCCCCGCGCAGGUGGGUUUGUGGAUGGUCGCUUCCUGACUGGAAUCAGGCCACAGGAGUACUUCUUCCAUUGUAUGGCAGGCAGAGAGGGUCUGGUUGACACAGCUGUGAAGACCAGCAGGAGUGGAUAUCUGCAGAGGUGCAUCAUCAAACAUCUGGAGGGGCUGGUCAUCAACUAUGACCUCACUGUACGUGACAGUGAUGGCAGUUUGAUCCAGUUCUACUAUGGAGAGGAUGGGCUGGACAUCCCCAAGACUCAGUUCCUGGGUCCCAAACACUACCCCUUCAUGGUCAACAACCACCGGGCUGUGGUACAGCAGGAACAGCUGCGGCAGGUGCAGGACAGGGUGGACACUACAGCUGCAGCUGCAUGGCAGAGAAAGGUCAACAAGUGGAAAAAGAAGCAGAAAAAGAAAGGUCUGCUGAACUCCCGAGAGAGGAGGUCGGCCUUCCUGCGUUACUGUCAGGAGGAGCUGCCCAGUCUGAGACAGGAUAACCCAGGACUGGACUCUGACACAGGCAGGCUCAAGUCAGCCCUGGCUGCUGUGGAUCUGUGGAAGGACAUGGAAGAAGAUGACAGGGAAAAGUACAGAAAGCAAAGCAAAAAGUGCCCUGAUCCCACGUUAGCAAAGCUUCGUCCGGACCGCCACCUUGGUUCCACGUCCGAGCUGUACUCAGACAUACUGAAUGAGUAUGUGGCAACCAACCCCAUGGGACUCCCCAGCGAGGAAGAGGUAUCAGAUGGUUCUGAUGAGAUGACCAUCGACCGUUUCCACGCCAUGAUGCAGUACAAGUACAUGAGGUCACUGGUGGAGCCGGGAGAGGCUGUGGGACUGUUAGCUGCUCAGUCCAUCGGAGAGCCAUCCACACAGAUGACCUUGAACACCUUCCAUUUUGCCGGCAGGGGAGAGAUGAACGUCACGCUGGGAAUCCCCAGGCUCAGAGAGAUCCUGAUGGUUGCCAGUGCCAACAUCAAGACCCCCACGAUGGAGGUGCCACUUGUAGACUCACCUGAGGCCAGGACGGCAGCUGAGAACAUCCGCCGCAGGUUCACUCAGGUGCAUCUGUUUCAAGUCCUUGAGUCGGUGGAAGUCUCUGAGACUCUGUUUGUGGAGAGCAGACUUGAGAGGCACAGAACAUACACAGUACGGUUCCAGUUCCUCCCUCCCGACACGUACGAGAAGGACGUGUACCUGAGUCCCGCCAAGAUCCUGCACUUCAUGGAGAGGAAGUUCUUCCGCAGGCUUCUGGAGGCUCUGAAGAGACAGGCCAAGGAGAUGCAGGAACACAAACUGCUAAGCUCACGAGAAAAACGGAACAUCUUGGAUGUUGAUGAUGACGAUGGUGACGAUGAUGAUGAUGGAGGACCAGACGAGCCGGUUCCAAUGACCAAUAAGAAACCUCCUACAGAGGAGGACAGCUCUGAGGAGGAGGACAAUGAUGGGGAUGCCACAGCUGUGAAACAGAAGCAGAAGCACUCUCAGGACCAGGACUAUGAUGAGAAAGGAGAGUCUGACCCAGAAGAAGAGGACAAGGAAGAUGAGGAUGAAGAGGAGGAGGAGGAUGACAGCGGGAACAAGCUUCCUCCUAAAAGCCCCAGUCCAGAAACAGGAGAAGAAGAGAAGGAAGAAGGAACACCAGAAACACCUGCUACUCCAGCUGAUGAGAAGAAGAAGAAGAAAAAGAAGAAGAAACGGAAGGAGAGAGAAGCUGUUCAGGAUGACAUCAGAAUCAACGCUGUGCUGGCAAUGAGCCCACAGAUUUCUGGGUACAGUUAUGAUGCAGAAGAUGAGGAGUGGUGUGAGAUCAAAUUACAGCUGGACAUUGUUGGCAGCAAGUUUGACAUGACGUCCCUGGUGGAGAGGGAAGCUCACAAGGCCGUGGUUCAUCAAACACCCGGGAUCACCCGCUGUUUCCUGUCAGACAGCAAGCUGCCAGGGGAGGAGGGGGUCACCAGACUCAAAACUGAAGGGGUCAAGUUACAGGAGCUAUUCAAGUACGACAGAGUGUUUGACCUGAACAAACUUUGCUCCAAUCACAUCCAUGCCAUGGCCAACACCUACGGUAUAGAGGCUGCCUGUCGGAUUAUAGUCAAGGAGAUCAAAGAAGUGUUUGCAGUGUACGGGAUUGAGGUGGACCCUCGUCACCUGUCGCUGGUAGCAGACUACAUGACAUAUGAAGGAGUGUACAAGCCUUUCAACAGAACAGGCAUCCAGUCCAACGCCUCACCCUUCCAACAGAUGAGCUUUGAGACAUCCAUGCAAUUCUUAAAGGAAGCAACCAUUAGUGGUGCUAAAGAUGAUUUAAAGUCCCCUUCAGCAAGACUCGUUACUGGGAGGCCAGUCAUGGGAGGAACUGGCUGCUUUGAACUCCUGCAGCCUUUAGUUUAGGUUACUUUUACACUGGUUAACACAUAAGCUGGUGACUGGAUUCACUGUCUAGCUGGGUAUAUCAGAGAUGAACAUCAUCACUCCCAUCAGAGUACAGUUAUGUAUCAACAUCAUCAUCAUCAUUAUUCAUUUUAUUAUAGAAGUGAAGCAUUUACAAAGAUCGUUCUCCAACUGCCGUUCACUCAGAAUAGCAACAAAAGCAUAGAAAAUCUUGUCCACAUGUAAGCUAUCAUUCAGGUGAGCAUGUUAAAGUCACAUGUGCCUUUUCUAGGAUUCAAUACAUGCUAUUAGAAUAAAUUCAAUGUACACAAUGUCAAUCAAUGGCAGCCAAGUCUGCAAACAAAUAUUCAACCUAUUACAAUAGGUCAUGCCUGUUCACAUCUGCCAGUGUAUUUAUGAAUGCUGGGUCCAAUUGAUUGGCCUUCAAAUAAAAUUCUUUAAA